AUGUUCACAGCCAAUUCUUUAACGAAGAUUUUCCUUCAGACAUUUCCAUUAACCUGCAAUAACUCCACGCAAUUUGACUGUCAAACGCCUUCCGAUACCCAGCGAUGUAUUCCACUCGAGUGGUUGUGUGAUGGAUUAAAGGACUGCACAAACGGCCUGGACGAAUCGCACUGCUCUUACCUGCACACUUGUCCUGAGGGCGAUUUCAUCUGUCGUUCUGGUGACUGCGUUUCCAGUCAUUUCAAAUGCGAUGGUGAAGUAGACUGUCCGGGAGGCGAAGAUGAAAAUGGUUGCGAAUUCCUCUCAGCCUUCGUGCCUUCGGCCAGGUGGGUGAGCGGAUUUCUUCAUGAUGUCAGGAUGAAAAAUCGCCGCGAAAUCGUAUUAUGUGGCUGCGAUGGCAAGCAUUAUUCCGGGAAAAUCAGCCAACCAGCGGUUCCCAUAAAGGAGCUGGAUGGCCUUCUUGAAGCCCUAGAAUUACCUCCGCGUGAAACAUAA